AUGAGUAGAAGCGGAGUUACAACCAAAAGAGUGAAGACUGCUCCAGACGGCUCUAUCGAGAAUCAGCGCCCAACCGUGCAGUCCGGCUGGCCGAGGAACGAACGUUCCACGCUCGGCCAGAAUAUCGUCCGCGACCGUCCGAACGCCGCGGUCGACCCGAAGCCCGUUUUGAAGCCCAUUUCAUAUUUUCAAGCCCGGCUUAACCCUAAGCCGCCUCAAAAGACCUAG